AUGGGGAAAGGACAGGACCAUGGCGCGGAAGGCGACGGAAAGAAGAAAGUUGCAGGAAGCGAAGGAUAUUGUGUUAGAGAUUCUCCACGCCCAUCUCAGCCGCCCACCGGAGCUCCCCUUCUCCAAGAUUCUCCCACGCGCCAUCUCAGGCCGCCCACCGGACGGCAUCUCAGCUCCCCUUCUCCAGAUUCUCCCACGCCCAUCUCAGCCGCCCACCGAGCUCUCAUAAUCCCUAUUCCCUCACGCCCAUCUCAGCCCCCCACCGGAGCUCCCCUUCUCCAGAUUCUCCCACGCCCAUCUCAGCCGCCCACCGAGCUCUCGCCCACCGGAGCUCCCCUUCUCCAGAUUCUCCCACGCCCAUUCAGCCGCCCACCGGAGCUCCCUUCUUCCAGAUUCUCCCACGCCCAUCUCAGCGCCCCGAGCUCUCUAAUCCCUAUUCCCUUCACGCCCAUCUCAGCCGCCCACCGGAAGAGCCCAUCUCAGCCUUCCAGAUUCUCCCACGCCCAUCCCCGCCCACGAGUCCCCCAUUCCCUCACGCCCAUCUCAGCCGCCCACCGGAGCUCCCCUUCUCCAGAUUCUCCCACGCCCAUCUCAGCCGCCCAGGAGCUCCCCUUCUCCAGAUUCUCCCACCGCCGCCCACCGGAGCUCCCCUUCUCCAGAUUCUCCACGCCCCAUCUCAGCCGCCCACCGGAGCUCCCCUUCUCCCAAGAUCUUCCCCUCCCCAUCUCCCCGCCCAUCUCAGCCGCCCACCGGAGCUCCCCUUCUCCAGAUUCUCCCACGCCCAUCUCAGCCGCCCACCGGAGGAGCCCACGCCCAUCUCAGCGCCCACCGGAGCUCCCCUUCUCCAGAUUCUCCCACGCCCAUCUCAGCCGCCCACCGGAGCUCCCCUUCUCCAGAUUCUCCCACGCCCAUCUCAGCCGCCCACCGGAGCUCCCCUUCUCCAGAUUCUCCCACGCCCAUCUCAGCCGCCCACCGGAGCUCCCCUUCUCCAGAUUCUCCCACGCCCAUCUCAGCCGCCACGGAGCUCCCCUCUCCAGAUUCUCCACGCCCAUCUCAGCCGCCACCGAGCUCUCUCCCAGAUUCUCCCACGCCCAUCUCAGCCGCCCACGGAGCUCCCCUUCUCCAGAUUCUCCCACGCCCAUCUCAGCCGCCCACCGGAGCUCCCCUUCUCCAGAUUUCCACGCCCAUCUCAGCCGCCCACCGGAGCUCCCUUCUCCAGAUUCUCCCACGCCCAUCUCAGCCGCCCACCGGAGCUCCCCUUCUCCAGAUUCUCCCACGCCCUCUCAGCCGCCCACCGGAGCUCCCCUUCUCCAGAUUCUCCCACGCCCUCAGCCGCCCCACCGGAGCUCCCCCUCUCCAGAUUCUCCCACGCCCAUCUCAGCCGCCCACCGGAGCUCCCUUCUCCAGAUUCUCCCACGCCCAUCUCAGCCGCCCACCGGAGCUCCCCUUCUCCAGAUUCUCCCACGCCCAUCUCAGCCGCCCACCGGAGCUCCCCUUCUCCAGAUUCUCCCACGCCCAUCUCAGCGCCCACCGGAGCUCCCCUUCUCCAGAUUCUCCCACGCCCAUCUCAGCCGCCCACCGGCUCCCCCUCCAGAUUCUCCCACGCCAUCUCAGCCGCCCACCGGAGCUCCCCUUCUCCAGCCGCCCAUCUCAGCCGGAGCUCCCCUUCUCCAGAUUCUCCCACGCCCAUCUCAGCCGCCCACCGGAGCUCUCCCCCUCCCAUUCUCCCACGCCCAUCUCAGCCGCCCACCGGAGCUCCCCUUCUCCAGAUUCUCCCACGCCCAUCUCAGCCGCCCACCGGAGCUCCCCUUCUCCAGAUUCUCCCACGCCCAUCUCAGCCGCCCACCGGAGCUCCCCUUCUCCAGAUUCUCCCACGCCCAUCUCAGCCGCCCACCGGAGCUCCCCUUCUCCAGAUUUCUCCCACGCCCAUCUCAGCCGCCACCGGAGCUCCCCUUCUCCAGAUUCUCCCACGCCCAUCUCACCGCCCCCGGAGCUCCCCCUUCUCCAGAUUCUCCCACGCCCAUCUCAGCCGCCCACCGGAGAUCUCCCCUUCUCCAGAUUCCACGCCCAUCUCACCGGAGCUCCCCUUCUCCAGAUUCUCCCACGCCCAUCUCAGCCGCCCACCGGAGCUCCCCUUCUCCAGAUUCUCCCACGCCCAUCUCAGCGACUGUUCUUGGGUGA